AUGGCUGGUUGUCGCACAAGUUCUCGCAGAUCUCCCGCAGCCGCAGACGUCAUUACGUACCGGCUGGAGGACAAGAUGAUGUAUGUUCCACUGGACCACGAUUGGAGGGAAGCGCUUUCACAAGCACGACUGACGGACAGCGAAGGUCGAAUUGGGAUCAGCCCAUCUGCUUGGAGUAGCGUCGCGUCUCACCUAACACGCUAUGAGGUUAUAACCAUCGUGGUUAAGCCAGAAGUCGUCGGGGCGGACGCGGAGGUUGCACCACCAGUGUACUCCCUUGCUUCCUCCGCACCAGAAGAGAAGAGGUCCUUGUCGUCAACCUCGCUAGGGUCGCGUAGCGAAAGCAAGUUCAGUCUAAAAGGUGUACUUCAAGCACUCCGCAAGGAAUAG